AUGAACUCGUACUUACACUUGCUGCUGUGUUUCGGAAAUUUUUUGUUUUGUUUAGCCGCAGAAUCUGCAUCAUCACAGGCGUUAAAUCAGGCAAAACAAGAGGCGGCUUCUGCGGACAUCAACUUUUUCAUCGGGUUCAUCAGUGAUUUUAAUGCAAAUCAAAAAUCAUACACUUCUUACAUGAAAGAAGCGAAAAUGACUAUGCCUCAAGAUAUUGCAGAUUAUUAUUUCCAUUUGCAACAAGUGACUGAAUCCACUCAAUUAUUAGAAGAUAUUGCCACAAGUUUCCCAUUUAGCGACUUUAAAACUUUUAUCACAGCAGUCCCAUGGUACACUCAAUUACUUUCGCAAGCGUCAAUAACUCAGUUCUAUGUACCAGAGGAUUUCAUGACCAAACAAGCAGAAGUCCAAACUUCUACCCUUUCAGGAAACAUCACUUCAUCUUAUGGGAUAACAACGUCGCAUAAUUUUACUCAGAGCCCAACAGCGUCAAAUUUCACUGGAAAUUCCUCGACACUAAUAAACAACUCCACUUCAAUAAAUGUAGGAACAAAUUUUGGACUUUACAGCCCUUUAGUUUUACUUCCAGCUCUAUGUGUUCUCUUUGGUUAG